UUGCAACAUGCAAGUAUUGCGCCAGACAUCGAAGCAUCCCUUAUUGCAAUCAAUUGUUAGCAAGAGAAGUAAAAUCGACAUCUCGACAAUCGAUUCGGAUUGGUACAUUGCUGGUGAAGUCUUUUAUAUAUCUACAUACCCGUUGCUCGACGGUUGUGGAAGAACUACACCGACAUGCACUUUUACCGACAUGCACAUGAUUGGGAAAUUAAAGGAUCUCGAAUACCUAUGUUUGUAGUAUACAACUGCAGAACCAAUCGUAUUAUUAGAGCCACAGACAACCGUUUGGUAAUCGGUUUAAAAGUAACGAAUUUGGAUAAUUCCAAAAUGCUGUUAAAUUUUUAUGAGAAAUCUAGCAUUAUAAUAAAUUUAAAUGAAAUAUAUUGGGACAAAAUCGUGAUGUGCACUACAUGCACGUUCUGCCACAAGCGCCAUGUUGAGAUGUUGUGUUGCGAUUGCGGGCCAGAAGCGGCAGAAUGGAUUUCUGAAUGUUUAAAAGACAAGGAUGCUUGCUUAGCAUUUCAUAUGUACAAUAAGUUCAAAGAAAACGUACCAGUAUGGAAAAUAUUUCGAGAAUUACGAAGCGCGCAUCGAGAUGAGAAGUUUUAUAAUAUAGAACUAGAUGAGAGCAAUUUUGAGUAUAUAAAACAAUGUUCGAACCCUGUAUCUCACUACAAGUUAAUGCCACGUCCAUAUCAGCAAUGGAUACCGUACAUGUUGUGGAAUAAAGAUCAAACUGUACCAAAUAUAAUGUUUGAGACUUCUCCUUUGCAAGAUUCAACUGAAUGGGAUUUGAUUAUGAUCGGCAACACAGUCCUGAAGAACAUCAAUCCUUAUCCAAAAUUAAUAAGCAACAUUGAUUGGCGGAACAUAUCCAUCGAAAUGCUAACUGCGAAACUAAAAUUGUUCCCGUUACAUUGCAAUGUGUUAAUUCCUGGAACAAUAGAAGUAGGCGAUAAAAUUUUCGUCAAAAAAUAAAUUGAGAAAGACUAAGUGGGACGGAAGGGAUUUCUUUCACAGGAUAUUAUUUACAUUUUAUUAUACAUUUUGUGGAAUUUAUUUUAGAUAUUAAGUGGCGAUAGAUUCUGACUUUUCAUUCUUUAGUCUUCGUAAGCUCGACAGAUAUUUUAAUCUUCUCGAAAAUGACACGACUGGAUGUAAUAAAAUAAAUACAACAGAAUCUACUGUUCUGCAUCGCCGUGCAAAUAAAUUUAUUAACCUGUGUCGGAGAUGCAACUCGCGUUUGUACUCCUUCGAAAGAAUUUAUAUCCACGGCUUGUACGACCGGAAAAGCGGUUGCGUCCGAUAGCACGAAUUGAAUCUCAAUCUUGAACAUCUGAUAGUUUAAACUAUCGACAAUAAGAUACGAUUGACAGCAUCAAUGAUGAACAAUUUGAUUUGAUUUUUUUUAUUAUUAAUAUCAAAUAAUAAAUAUAC